AUGUCUUCGUACGAUCCGGACCGUCGCAUAUGGAGUGGUGCUCGGGUUGAUCCUCCAAUCGAUCCGAAACGGUCGCUCGGGGAGGCCCUGCUGGAACUGUUAAGUCGCAAUCCGGACAAGCCGGUGCAGAUCGAUGCUCACACCGAUCGAACGUUGACUCGAGGCGGCUUGCGUCUGCGUUCCAUCCGCAUAGCUCAGAACCUGCAGUCGCUAGGAUAUGGGGCCAAUGACAUUGCCACUAUCGCAGCAAUGACCAGUGAAAAUCUGAUGCCGGUUACCGUAGCCCUCCAGCUGCUGGCCCUGCCGUAUAAUAGUUUGUUUCCAAAUUAUGCUGUCGACGAGAUGGCACACAUGAUGGGACAAACGCAGUCCCGAUUGGUGUUUUGCGAUGCGUGGAAUUACGAAACCGCUAGGGAUGCUGCGCGGAAGGAGGUGGUGAACGAUGUGCGGUUCUUUAUUUUGGAUGGUGCCGUUGAUGGAGUUGCAUCAGUAGAAGAGUUGUUAGCAGAAACAGGGAAAGAACACGAAUUUCAAGCUACUGCAGUUGACGAUCCUAGUAAGACAACGUACAGUAUUUUUUGUUCUUCCGGGACGACUGGAAAACCAAAAGGAAUAUGUUUAUCACAUGCCAAUAAGACUUCAUCAUUUUGUACUCCGGUUUUCAGCAAUUUGGUUUUUCUCGCAAUUGGUUCUAUCCAUUGGGUUAGUGUGGCCUUUACACACGAUCUGGCUAUCUUCUGUGAUAGUGUAGUUGUGAUCACGCGGAAACCAUUCUCGGAGGAUCUGUUCUUUGAUCUGAUUGAACGGUACGCGAUUAACGGCAUAAACGGCCCACCGGUUUACGCGCAUGCCCUGAUGAACCAUCCGCGCAUUGCGAAGGCGGAUUUGUCGGCAAUUAAACUGUGGGGAAUCGGAGGGUACUUCGUGUCCGAUAGCAUUCGAGAUGCCGUGGAUGCCGCACUGCCCGCUGGGCGAUCGUUUACGAUUUACGCCUCCACAGAGUGCGGCUUAAUUGCAUCGGAUUUGGCAAAAAGAAAGCGGGGUGCAAUAGGACAGGUGAUGCCAAAUGUUCAAAUUCGAAUUGUUGAUGAGGAAGGACAGUCACUGGGUACCGGAGAGCUGGGCGAAUUGUGGAUUAAGCGUUUUACUCCGUUUGUGGGUUAUUAUAAAAACGAAGAAGCCACGAAAGCAGUCUUGCAUGAGGAUGAAUGGUUCCAAAGUGGUGAUAUGGGAUACUUCGACGAGGACCGUUAUCUGUAUCUGGUGGAUCGAAAAGGUGACAGUUUCAAGUACGCUAAUGAUUUGGUCAGUCCACAGGAGCUGGAGGACUUGAUCUCACAGGUCGAGGGUGUCGUUCAAGUGUGCGUCGUAGGAAUUCCGACUGCCGAUCGGAGACAGGAACUGCCAACUGCCGUUGUGAUUCGAAGGGUCGGCUCAACAGUUAGUGAACAGCAAAUUGUACAGUUUAUCGAAAAACACGUAAACGAUCAUAAACGUCUAAGAGGUGGAGUAUAUUUUGUGGAUCAACUACCCUGUACCAGCAAAGGUAACGUUCGAAGGAAGGUAGUGAGGAAAAUGAUACUAGAUAACGAAAUCAAGUAG